AUCAGGCCAAACCGCGAGCAUGAAGCUUAAUAUCGUCAAGCGCAAUGGAAAAGAGAUGUUCGCGGGCGGCCUCGACGUCCCGGACGACGCGACGACGGACGACCUGAAGGCUGUCUUCGCGAAAGCCGCGAAGAAGCAUCAGACGAGGCAGCGCUUCACCCUGCCGAUUCCCGCGGGCGCGGACCCCAAGAAAGUUCGCGGCACGCCAUUAGACGCGGGGAAGUCGCUGUCCAAAGACUACGGCCUGAAAGACGGCAGCGUCGUCGUGUUCAAAGACCUCGGCCCGCAGGUCCCGUACGCGGUGGUGUUCCUCGCCGAGUACGCGGGCCCGAUGCUGUGCUACCUCCCGUUUUACUUUUUCCGAUCCGCGAUCUACGCGUCCACGAAGAAGUACCCCGCGACCGCGCCGAUGCUUCAGGUCCAGACGCUCGCGAUGGUUUUCCACACCGCGCACUACCUCAAACGCAUCCUCGAGACGCUGUUCGUGCACCACUUCUCGCACGCGACGAUGCCGAUCUUCAACUUGUACCGGAACUGCGCGUACUACUGGGGAUUCGCGGCGAUCAUGUCGUAUUUCAUCAAUCACCCGGCGUACACGCCAGUCUCCGAGACGCAGAUGAAGGUCGGGUUCGCGGUCUCCGCGCUGAUGCAACUCGGGAAUUUGCACUGCCACGUCUACCAGGCGUCGCUCAGGAAGGACGGGAGCAAGGAGUACAAAGAGCCGAAGGGAGGGCUGUUCAGAUUCGUCACGUGCGCGAAUUACUGCUGCGAAAUUUACCAGUGGGUCGGGUUCAACGUCGCGACGCAGAGCGCGAUGGGCUGGCUGUUCGUCGCGUGCGGGGCCGCUCAGAUGAUGGACUGGGCGAACGCGAAGCACAAGCGCCUGAAACGGUUGUUCCCCGGGUUCAGGAGGCCGUUCAAGCUCCUCCCGCCGUUCUACUGAGCGAGCGCGAGGAGCAGACUCAAGCGUGUACACGUACCGCUAUCAAACCGAGAAGACGUCGUGUUAUAAUACUACUGCACGUC